AUGAGGCAACAUCAAAUGUUUGUCAAAGAAAGUAAGUGUGCUUUUGUGCAAUCUAAAGUGGAAUACCUAGGUCACUUCAUCUCUGCUUGUGGUGUAGAAACUGAUCCAAGGAAGAUUGCAGCUGUGGCCAGAUGGCUAAUUCCUCAAAAUAUCAAAGAACUUAGGAGCUUCUCGGGCUUAAUUGGGUAUUACAAGAGAUUCAUUCCACAAUAUGGUACUACAUGCAGACCAUUACAUGAUCUUCUCAAGAAGGGAGCUUAUGCCUGGUCUGAGCAAGCUCAAAUUGUCUUUGAAACAUUGAAAAAAGCCCUGGUCACUGCCACUACCCUAGCAGAACCUGAUUUUAGCAAACAAUUUGUGGUUGAGACAGAUGCUUCCAAUUGUGGUGUUGGGGCUGUGUUGAUGCAAGAAGGGAAACCUUUAGCCUACAUUAGACAGACCAAAAGUCUUAAAUGGCUCUUGGAACAGAAUAUCUCCACACCUUUUCAACAAUUUUGGCUCUCAAAGUUGAUGGGUUUUGACUAUGAUAUCCAGUAUAUAAGUGGUAAAGAUAAUCUAGCUGCAGAUGCACUUUCCAGAGUUUCUAGUUCUGAGAUUCUUUGCAUGUCUAUCUCUAAGGCUUCUAAAUAUGAUUGUGCUGCAAGUCCAGGACUGUUACAACCCUUGCCUAUUCCUGAGGAGGUUUGGGUUGACAUUAGCAUGGAUUUUAUAACAGGACUUCCAAAAUCCAUGGGGAAAGAUGUCAUUUUUGUUGUCGUAGAUAGGCUAAGCAAAUAUGCUCAUUUUAUGGCCCUUGCACAACCCUUUACUGCUAUUCAAGUGGCUCAAGUUUUUCUAGACCAUGUUUUUAAACUACGUAGGUGGCCUAGAAGCAUUGUUAGUGAUAGAGAUCCUAUAUUCUUAAGCAACUUUUGGAAGGGAUUGUUUACUCUACAUGGUACAGAUUUUUUGCUCUCUUCAUCUUAUCAUCCUCAAACUGAUGGCCAAACAGAGGUUGUCAAUAGGUGUUUAGAGACAUAUUUGAGUUGCAUGUGCGGUGACAAGAUUAGGGAAUUGUGUAUGUGCUUCCACUGGCAAAAUGGUGGUAUUAUACCCACUUUCAAUACAUCAAUACAGGUUACUCCCUAUGAGGUGGUCUGCAACCAAGCUCCUCCUACACAUUUGCCAUAUCUUGCAGGUAAUUCAAGAAAUGAUACAUUAGACAGAAGCCUACAAAGGAGAGAGUUUAUGAUCCAAUUACUCAUAUUUCACCUCACAAGAGCACAAGUCUGGAUGAAGAAUCAAGCUGAUAAAAGAAGGUCUGAUAGGCAAUUUCAAGUAUUUGAUUGGGUAUGGCUCAAGCUUCAACUUUAUAGACAACACUCAGUCCAACACAGGCCAAAUAACAAGCUGUCACCUAGAUAUUUUGGGCCUUUUCAGGUGCUUGACAAGAUUGAGAAGGUAGCAUACAAGUUAGCCCUUCCUCCAGAUGCUAAAAUUUACAAUGUAUUCCAUGUGUCACAACUUAAAUGGUUUCAUGGUCAACUGCCUGUAUUCAAUGGGAAGGAUUUGAGGUUCAUGAAGCAACUUGAGAAAAUGCACCACAGUUUGAGGCCAAGUUUCCUGACUUUAUGCUGCACCAGACUUGAGGACAAGUCUUUCUUAAGGGGGAGGUCGAGCAAGGGAUUUAUCAUACUUUUAGCUAAUUUUCAAUCUCAAUUCAAUCGAGGGAGAGAAUUGUCAUUGGAGUAG